UUUAUCUCGCAAAUCAACUUAUUUAAAUAAGCCAAACCGCCUCUGGCUAAAGCCUUUCCGUUAUUUCUACCCAUGGAACAAAUGAAGGCCGGCCGAAUUGUCAGCACAGGCAACAAAGCCAGCGCAGAAAUUCAUGACGAACCUCUACCAAGCCCGGGUCGCCAUGAAGUGUUGAUUAGGGUACACGCGGCCUCCCUGAACUACCGCGACACGGCCCUGUUGAGGGGGGAAUAUCCCGCGGAGACCAAGAAAGGCGUUGUCCCUGUCUCCGACGGUGCCGGCGAAGUUGUGGCAGUUGGCAAAGACGUAACACGAGUUAAAACCGGCGACCGCAUCACAGUGAGUUGUUUCGCAAACUGGAUCGGCGGCCCGUACAACCCAGACUAUCGUUCCAGCAGCGUCGGCUUCAGUAUCGACGGGAUGUUGGCUGAAUACGCCCUCUUCUACGAAGACGCACUCGUCCCCAUCCCUGACUAUAUGUCCUACACCGAGGCUGCCUCGCUCCCUUGCGCAGCGGUCACAGCCUGGACAGCGCUUAACAAGAUCGAGCCCCUCCAGCCGGGCCAGACGGUCCUGGUCCAGGGCACCGGUGGUGUCUCGCUUUUCGCCUUGCAGUUUGCGAAAAUCUUCGGCGCUCGGGUCCUUGCGAUCACGUCAUCUGACGAAAAGGCCGCUACGCUGAAGGAACUAGGCGCCGAGUCUGUGGUGAACUAUAGCACAUACCCUGACUGGGAUCGCGAGAUUCUUGCUCUGACUGAUGGAAAGGGCGUCGAUAAGGUGCUAGAUAUUGCGGGCGAGAAAACAAUUGUGAAGUCUGCAGCAUCGACUAAGAUAACUGGCACGGUUGUCCUGAUUGGGUUUGCAAGCGGUUUCGGCGGUGGCCUUCCCCCAGUUGAUAUACUUACUCGAACCCUGACAGUGACCGGGUCAACUAUUGGUUCGCGCAUGGAUUUCGAGGCGAUGCUCAAGGCGAUGGAGAGACACAAAACAAGGCCUAUUAUUGAUCGGGUUUAUCCCUUUGCGGAAUAUCGCGAGGCUUAUCGGAGGCUUGAGUCGGGGCAGCAGGUCGGCAAGGUUGUUAUCCAGAUCACAGACUAAACUGAUUGGAUUGUGAGAUAUCAUGGUGAAAGGGUGGCUUGUUG